GGACUAGAUUCAACUCAAAUUUCUGGUGCUCGCUCGCUAAUGAACAGCGGGAUAGAAGAAGAGAGUCGACAGUGUGAUUUUGUAAAUAAAGCAGCCUGAGACGGUAAUGCGAGUUAUUUCAAUUUUCAACUGUAACAAGUGAAUCAACCGCCGCCGUUGGAUCGUAGAAGAACUGAAAACGCAAGGGACUCGGGAAACUGAAUUGCCCAAAGAUCCAAUGACAGAUCCGAAUCUGUAUCUACAGGAAUCGGGUUGGGAGGAACUCAGAAAGGAGGCACGUAAGAUCGAAGGUGAUCUCGAUGUUAAGCUUUCCUCGUACGCUAAGCUCGGCGCAAGGUUCACCCAAGGAGGUUAUGUGGAUAGUGGAUCACCAACCAUUGGAUCUGGCAGGUCCUGGAAGUCCAUGGAAAUGGAAAUCCAGUCAUUGCUAGAGAAGCUGCUAGAUACGAAUGAUGCAAUGAGUAGAUGUGCUGCAUCUGCUGCACCAACCACUUCAGUAACUCAGAAGCUGGCAAGACACAGAGACAUACUUCAUGAGUUUACACAGGAAUUCAGAAGAAUCAAGGGAAACAUAAACUCCAUGAGGGAACACGCAGAGCUUCUGAGUUCUGUUAGGGAUGACAUCAGUGAGUAUAAGGCAUCUGGGAGUAUGUCACCAAGAAUGCAGUUAUUACGAGAGCGAGCUGCCAUCCAUGGAAGCAUAGCUCAUAUAGAUGAUGUAAUUAGUCAAGCUCAAACGACAAGAGCUGCCCUGGGCUCUCAAAGGGCUUUGUUUGGAGACGUUCAGAGAAAAGUGAAGGUUUUGAGUGACAUGUUCCCCCCUAUUCGAGGCUUACUCGGUUCCAUCAGAAGGAGGCGUUCAAGAGACACUCUUAUUCUGUCUGCAGUUAUUGCUGCUUGUACGUUGUUUCUUAUUGUCUAUUGGCUAUCAAAAUGACAAAAGAUGUGAUAUAUAAUUUGUUGAUAUACGGAUCUAUAAUGAUGGUGUUUUUACGUAGGAAUUUUGCUCAUGUAUUAUUUUUUUAAAACAGAUGAAUUUCUUUUUCUGAAGUUUAUGGUACUUCUAUGGUGCCAUUACCUAGAGAAAUGGAAAGUCUAAUCUUGUUUCAUAUAUAAAAUAUGUGAUUACUCUUCCAGACGGUUAAA